CCUCCUCUCCCGCAUCCCUCCAUCCCUCUGCCGCAGCCGCAUCGCCACCGCAGCCCAGGCCCCGGCCCCGGGGAGGAACCCAGGCGUCCUGUGCCCUCAGUUCCCGCAGGAGCAGGAGGAGGAGAAGAAGAGGAGGAGGAGAAAAGGAGGAGGAGGAGGAGGAGGAGAAAAAGAGGAGGAGGAGGAGGAGGAGGAGAGGAGCAGAAGCGGCCGCAAGAUGAAGGACCGGACCCAGGAGCUGAGGAGUGCAAAAGACAGCGAUGAUGAAGAGGAGGUCGUCCACGUGGAUAGAGACCAUUUCAUGGAUGAGUUCUUUGAGCAGGUGGAGGAGAUCCGUGGGUGCAUAGAGAAGUUGUCCGAGGAUGUGGAGCAGGUGAAGAAGCAGCACAGUGCUAUCCUGGCUGCCCCCAACCCCGAUGAGAAGACCAAACAAGAACUUGAGGAUCUAACCGCUGACAUCAAGAAGACAGCAAACAAGGUCCGGUCCAAAUUGAAAGCGAUUGAGCAGAGUAUUGAGCAGGAGGAGGGACUGAACCGCUCUUCCGCCGACCUGCGCAUCCGCAAAACCCAGCACUCCACCCUGUCCCGGAAGUUUGUGGAAGUGAUGACUGAAUACAACGCGACUCAGUCCAAAUAUCGAGACCGAUGCAAGGACCGGAUCCAGCGACAGCUGGAGAUCACUGGAAGGACAACGACCAACGAGGAGCUGGAGGACAUGCUAGAGAGUGGGAAGCUGGCCAUCUUCACAGACGACAUCAAGAUGGAUUCUCAGAUGACCAAGCAGGCACUGAAUGAAAUUGAGACCCGACACAAUGAGAUCAUCAAACUGGAGACUAGUAUCAGGGAGCUCCACGACAUGUUUGUGGAUAUGGCAAUGCUGGUGGAGAGCCAGGGGGAGAUGAUCGACCGCAUCGAGUACAACGUGGAGCACUCUGUGGAUUACGUGGAGCGGGCCGUGUCCGACACCAAGAAAGCUGUGAAAUACCAGAGCAAAGCCCGGAGGAAGAAAAUCAUGAUCAUCAUCUGUUGCGUGGUGCUGGGGGUGGUCCUUGCGUCGUCCAUCGGGGGGACGCUGGGCUUGUAGGGCUCCCUCCCAUCCCUGCCCCCCCACCUUCCUCCCUCUCCACCUCUCUGAGAGCCCCCCACCCUUUACUCCCCCCGGGAGCAAUACCCCGAAACCCGUGCUCGGCACCCCCAGUCCCCCUCCACGGUCCCCGCUCCUUCUCCCGGCCCGGAGUCGAGAGGCCUCGUCUCCCCUUCCCGACUCUGCUCCGAUCUGGUCGCCCGUCCCCCCCCACCCCCUGACCCCCGAUCCUCCCCGUCUUCCCUCCUCCGCCUUCCCGUCAGACCCAGGAGCCCCUUCCUUCCUCCGGUCUCUUCCUGUGGGAUCCAAGCAUCCCCAGCUCUCCUCCAUUCCUUGAGGAUCAAGCCCAGGAGACUCCGUCUCCCUCUGACAUCGCACCCCCGCAGCCUAGUCUUCCCCCGGCCCCCGGGGUGGGAUUUAGGGGUCUCCAUGGUGGUCCCGCCCCACCCCAUCCCUCCUCUACCUUCCCUUCUCAGGAUGGUUCCUUCUGCCUCUAGAGCCCUGCAGGCGUGACCGUGCACCUCCAUUCCUUCCCUGUUCUUCCCCACGCAUACAUACGUACAUACAUACAUACAUACCACGGACACAUAUGCACACGAUGGGUAGAGAGCAUAAAUGGGGCCCAGAGACAGCCCCAGAGUGCUCUCCCCACAGUGUGAACACAGCGUGCGUGUGGGUUUGCAGGGGUUUGAUUCUUCCCACCAGUCUGUCCUGUGUGGUAUGUGGCCAUAGCUAUGUUCCCCAGUUGUGUCUGUGUCUGAGAGUGUGAGAGUGUGUGUGCGGGGGUGUGUGAAUAUCUAUCAUCCAUCCGUUGCUUCUCCAUAACGUCUGUGUAUUUAACAGAAUUGAGGAAGGUUGUGCGAAUACGUGCAUUUCCAUAUACACACCCACUCUCAUCACUGGGGGAUGGAUAGGCACAAUUUGCAGAGCCACACCCACUCACAGGUGUGUACUUACAUAAGCUGUAGAUAUCAUGGCUUGGUGUGUAUAUAGGCCUUUCUCCACGAUGUAUAUUUCGUAGAUGGGUGUAUGAGUAUCUGCGUUAUCGGCUCAUACGGAUGUAAAUAAUCUGACUUGGCAUGUACAUACGAUCAGUACUCACUCAUUUCUCCCCACAGAGUAUAGAUAACAUGGCCUGAGAGGUAUGUGUGUGUGUGUGUGUGGAUAGAUAUACACACUCAUACGCUUUCUUGCUGUUUAUCUAUGUAUUGUGUAGAUAACACAUUUGUGCCCACUAUGGUUUCAGUAUUUAUCCUUAGUAUAUGGACAGACACACGCAGGAUGCAAAUAUUUCUCUGUUGAAAGUACCUAUAUGUGUUUGUGUGUGUGUGUGUGUGUGUGUGUGAGCACGCGUGCAGAUUCCCUCACCAAAUUAUUGAUAGCAUGCGUAUGGAGCGUUGCUGUAUAUUCCUCCACACACUGUGUACAUAACAUCCGUUUGUGUGGGUAGAUAUAUAUUUGUAUAAUACAUGACAGAAAUACAUUUAUAAUCCAUAAAUAUUUGCGUGUCAGUAUAUGUGAUGCACCUACAUGGUGUGUAUAUAAUCUGCUGUGUAUUACAUACACACCGUAUUCUCAACCGCAGGUCGUGUCGCUCAUCAAGGUUUGUGUGCGUGUACGUAUCGAUUGAUUGUGGAUCGUUCUCUGGAGCCUACACACACAUGCGCAUGUAGGUGUGCUCACAUAUACACACAGACACGCAAAUAUUUUUAAAACCCUGCGUGGUAGGCCCAGGGUCGUAACCCACACCCGGAUCUUUGUCUACACAGUGAGUAAUGUAUUCCUUUUGUGCGCGCUGAAACAGAGACCCGGACCCAGGAAGUCUGGCGUGGUGGGGGGGUCUGCGGAGCUAGAUAAACACGGAUAUUUCUCCACCCGGGUCGGGAGGCUCCUGGCCUCCUGAGGAGGAGGACCACCUGCCUCCCAUCCACCCCAUCGGGAGCGUGUGUGCACGCGUGCGUGAAUCUGUGUACGUCCUCCCCACCCCAGCCCCCUCCGGCCUCGGUCUCAGCCUCAGGAUCCCGAGGGAGCAUCUCACAGAGGGAAUCCAGAAACGGAGGGCCGAGAGUCUCCGGAACAUCCAGCUCUGCUGCCCCAUUUCUUGCGCCCUUUGCCAUCCGGCCCCCUUUUCGGUCCCCGAUUUUUCCCUUAGCUAAUGGGCAGAUGCUCAACUAAAUAACCUGGACGCGGCACGUGCCCCCCCCC